GGUGCCCGCAGGGCCCGGGGCUCGGGGCAGGACGAGCACCGGAGGAGACCCCAACUGUAAACUUGAAGACAAGACUGAAGAUGGAGAGGCAAUAGAUUGUAAGAAGAGGCCGGAAGACGGGGAGGAGUUGGAAGACGAAGCUGUGCACAGCUGUGACAGCUGCCUGCAGGUGUUUGAAUCACUGAGCGAUAUCACAGAACACAAGAUUAAUCAAUGUCAACUGACAGAUGGAGUGGAUGUUGAAGAUGACCCCUCCUGCUCUUGGCCCGCUUCCUCGCCUUCUAGCAAGGACCAGACUUCCCCGAGCCAUGGAGAGGGCUGCGACUUUGGAGAGGAAGAAGGUGGCCCUGGCCUUCCAUACCCGUGCCAGUUCUGUGACAAGUCGUUCAGCCGCCUCAGCUACCUAAAGCACCAUGAGCAGAGCCACAGCGACAAACUGCCUUUCAAGUGCACCUACUGCAGCCGGCUGUUCAAACACAAGCGGAGCCGAGACCGCCACAUAAAACUCCACACCGGGGACAAGAAGUACCACUGCAGCGAGUGCGAUGCCGCGUUCUCCAGAAGUGAUCACUUGAAGAUCCACUUAAAGACUCACACGUCCAACAAGCCAUAUAAAUGUGCCAUUUGCCGCCGUGGGUUCCUCUCCUCUAGUUCCUUACACGGACACAUGCAAGUUCACGAGAGGAACAAAGACGGCUCGCAGUCCGGGUCCCGGCUGGAGGACUGGAAGCUGAAGGACACUCAGAAGUGCAGUCAGUGCGAGGAGGGCUUUGACUUCCCGGAGGACCUGCAGAAGCACAUUGCCGAGUGCCACCCCGAGUGCUCCCCCAACGAGGACCGUGCGGCCCUGCAGUGUGUCUACUGCCACGAGCUGUUUGUGGAAGAGACCUCCCUCCUGAACCACAUGGAGCAGGUGCACGGCGGCGAGAAGAAGAACUCGUGCAGCAUUUGCUCCGAGAGUUUCCACACGGUUGAGGAACUGUACAGCCACAUGGACAGCCACCAGCAGCCGGAGUCCUGCAACCACAGCAACAGCCCUUCGCUGGUCACCAUGGGCUACACCUCCGUGUCCAGCACGACCCCCGAUUCUAACCUCUCCGUGGACAGCUCCACGAUGGUGGAAGCUGCCCCGCCGAUCCCAAAGAGUCGAGGGAGGAAGCGGGCUGCUCAGCAGACCUCUGACCUGACGGGCCCCUCGAGUAAGCAAGCGAAAGUGACCUAUAGCUGUAUUUACUGCAACAAGCAGCUGUUCUCGAGUCUUGCCGUUCUGCAGAUUCACCUGAAAACUAUGCAUUUGGAUAAGCCCGAACAGGCCCACAUCUGUCAGUAUUGCCUGGAGGUCUUGCCCUCGCUCUACAACCUGAACGAGCAUCUGAAGCAAGUGCACGAAGCUCCGGACCCCGGUGUGAUCGUCUCAGCCAUGCCUGCCAUCGUCUACCAGUGCAACUUCUGUUCGGAAGUUGUCAACGACCUCAACACGCUUCAGGAGCAUAUCCGAUGUUCGCACGGCUUUGCGAACCCCGCAGCUAAGGAGAGUAACGCGUUCUUUUGUCCCCACUGCUAUAUGGGCUUUCUCACGGACUCUUCCCUCGAAGAGCACAUAAGGCAAGUCCACUGUGACCUCAGCGGCUCCCGAUUCGGGUCCCCAGUGCUCGGGACUCCAAAGGAGCCCGUCGUCGAAGUCUACUCUUGUUCCUAUUGUACAAACUCGCCAAUCUUCAACAGCGUUCUUAAACUGAACAAGCAUAUCAAAGAGAAUCAUAAAAACAUUCCCUUGGCCCUGAAUUAUAUUCACAACGGAAAAAAGUCCAGGGCGAUGAGUCCCCUCUCCCCCAUGGCCAUUGAGCAGACGUCUCUGAAGAUGAUGCAGGCGGUGGGAGGCGCCCCUCCACGCCCCGCAGGAGAAUACAUCUGUAACCAGUGUGGUGCUAAGUACACGUCCCUCGACAGCUUUCAGACCCACCUCAAAACUCAUCUCGACACUGUGCUUCCGAAACUGACCUGCCCUCAGUGUAACAAGGAAUUCCCCAACCAGGAAUCCCUGCUGAAGCACGUGACCAUCCACUUUAUGAUCACCUCCACGUACUACAUCUGCGAGAGCUGUGACAAGCAGUUCACGUCCGUGGACGACCUGCAGAAGCACCUGCUGGACAUGCACACCUUCGUCUUCUUCCGCUGCACCCUGUGCCAAGAGGUUUUCGACUCGAAGGUCUCCAUCCAGCUCCACCUGGCCGUGAAGCACAGCAACGAGAAGAAGGUCUACCGGUGCACCUCCUGCAACUGGGACUUCCGCAAUGAGACGGACCUGCAGCUCCACGUGAAGCACAACCACCUGGAAAACCAAGGGAAGGUGCACAAGUGCAUCUUCUGCGGCGAGUCCUUUGGCACGGAGGUGGAGCUGCAGUGCCACAUCACCACGCACAGCAAGAAGUACAACUGCAAGUUCUGCAGCAAAGCCUUCCACGCCAUCAUCCUGCUGGAGAAGCACUUGCGGGAGAAGCACUGCGUGUUUGAAACCAAGACGCCCAACUGCGGCACCAACGGCGCGUCCGAGCAGGUGCAGAAGGAGGAGGCGGAGCUGCAGACGCUGCUGACCAAUAGCCAGGAGUCCCACAACAGCCACGACGGGAGCGAAGAAGACGUGGACGCCUCGGAGCCCAUGUACGGCUGCGACAUCUGCGGGGCCGCCUACACGAUGGAGACCCUGCUGCAGAACCACCAGCUGCGCGACCACAACAUCCGCCCCGGGGAGAGCGCCAUCGUGAAGAAGAAAGCCGAGCUCAUUAAAGGGAAUUACAAGUGCAACGUGUGCUCUCGAACCUUCUUCUCGGAGAACGGCCUCCGGGAGCACAUGCAGACGCACCUGGGGCCCGUCAAACACUACAUGUGCCCGAUCUGCGGCGAACGCUUCCCCUCCCUCCUGACGCUGACGGAGCACAAAGUCACGCACAGUAAGAGCCUGGAUACCGGGAACUGCCGCAUUUGCAAGAUGCCCCUCCAGAGCGAGGAGGAGUUCUUGGAGCAUUGCCAAAUGCACCCCGACCUGAGAAACUCCCUGACGGGCUUUCGCUGCGUGGUCUGCAUGCAGACGGUGACCUCCACCUUGGAGCUGAAGAUCCACGGGACAUUCCACAUGCAAAAGACAGGGAAUGGGUCGGCCGUGCAGGCCGCGGGGCGUGGCCCGCAUGUCCAAAAACUCUACAAGUGCGCCUCUUGCCUCAAAGAGUUCCGUUCAAAGCAAGACCUGGUGAAACUUGACAUCAAUGGGCUGCCCUAUGGCCUGUGUGCCGGCUGUGUGAACCUCAGUAAGAGCGGGAGCCCUGGCAUCAACCUGCCGCCCAGCGCCAGCAGACCCGGCCUGGGCCCCAGCGAGGGCCUGGGCGCCUUGGAGGGGAAAGGCAAGGCUGGGGGGCUAAAGACGCGCUGCUCCAGUUGCAAUGUUAAGUUCGAGACCGAGGGCGAACUCCAGAACCACAUCCAAACUGUCCACAGAGAGCUGGUGCCAGACAGCAACUGCACACAAUUGAAAACGCCCCAAGUGUCGCCAAUGCCCAGAAUCAGUCCCUCCCAGUCGGACGAGAAGAAGACCUAUCAGUGCAUCAAGUGUCAGAUGGUUUUCCACAACGAAUGGGACAUUCAGGUUCACGUUGCAAACCACAUGAUUGUACUCGAUGGUAAAUAUACCUGUACUUCCACCAGUGCCAGAAGUCCCAGAUGUGAGGGCAUUAAUAAUGAAGGACUGAACCACGAAUGCAAGCUCUGUAGCCAAACUUUCGAUUCCCCGGCCAAACUCCAGUGCCACCUGAUAGAGCACAGCUUCGAAGGGAUGGGAGGCACGUUCAAGUGUCCAGUCUGCUUCACAGUAUUCGUUCAAGCAAACAAGUUGCAGCAGCAUAUUUUCUCUGCCCAUGGACAAGAAGACAAGAUCUAUGACUGUACGCAAUGCCCACAGAAGUUCUUCUUCCAAACAGAGCUGCAGAACCAUACGAUGACCCAACACAGCAGUUAGUGCAAGGACCAUCUCUUCGCGGAGAAUUUUGUGGCACAAAAAGGGAACAUGUUUUACUCUUUGCACGAAACUUCCAUUGUUAAUGUAUAUUAUUCAGAAGCAUUGUAUUGUACCAUAAACCUUGUAUUAUCAAAACUGUUGGAUGUUCAUGUGUUUGAACUUUUGAGCAACGGAUAGACUCCCUGUAUAUAAAGUGUUGCACAUGUAUUAUGUCGUCUGAUACUAAAAAUGGUCUUAUAAAGACAAGUGGACUUGGGCCCUAUUCAGACAAGAUUUUAAAAAGGGGAAGGGGGGAGGGGGUUGAGCAAAAAAGGCUUAAGAAAAAGUAUUUUCAAGGAAGACAGAUUAAAAAAAAAAACCAACAACUACAUUACACGUGCGAAGUUUGGACUUCCUUUUAUUUACACUUAAGCCUAGAAUUUCUCUUUUGGUAUAUCAUCGAUUGAAUCCAAGACUAUUUUUUAUUGCUGAAGAUUCUUGCAAACCAUGAAGAGAUGUUCUCAGAGCAGAAACCCACAGCUGGAUAAGGCCCGUAUAUAUAUUUGUAAGCCUUGCGAUAUGACAGGUAGCAUCACCAUAAAUAUGCAAUAGUUGUUAUGUAGACUGUCAAAAAAAAUUUUUUUUUCCUGGAUACAUUUGAAGCUUUGCGUGUUCAAGGGUUGUCAUUCAUGGUUUCACACGGCCAGAUCCUCGAAUCAGUUGAACUGCCCUGUAUGUUACUGUUCUUCAUGUUUACUCUGCGGUCUGAACCUGGAGAUGACUGGAAUUGUUUUCCAAGAGGAAAUAAAUUCAGUUUACCAUGA